UCGAUUUAUAUAAUUUUCGAAUUUUAAAUAGGAUUUGCGUAAACGCUCCUGCCACCGAGAGCCCACCUUAGCAGCUAUCAUAAUUUCACGCUGCAUUUCCUGCAUGGUAUAUACGAUAAAUACGUAUCCCCCACAGCUGUAUAUAACUGUGUAUCACCUGCCAAUUGAUAGAAGUAUUGCAGAUCAGAGGUAUUCUUCAAAAUUCUUGUUUGCUUUUCUCAUUUCAUGUUUAUAUGUACAUAUGUAUGUGUGUAUGUAAAUCACGAUAAUUAAAAAAUGUAAGAAGUAUUCAAAUUUCAAUUCUACCGAAAACUGCAUACACAGCCGUACUAUGUCUAUGUAUAUGCGUAUCAUUUUGCCAAGAUAAAUAAUAACAAACAAGAGUGUGGUGAGAUAAUUUAUAUAUAUGAACGUGAUGACAUAUAUAUGUACACCCAGUAUGUACAUAUGUAUAUGUAUGUAGUCAGUGAUAACUUCAGCAUCAUAUUUGUACAGGCUUAUAUUAGGACGAUCUGAUAUCGACAACUUGUCUCUUGAUUUUUAAAAAAGUUGUACCUCAAGUAAACGGAUUUGCUACUAAAACAAUAAAUUCUGAAAUUUUUAUAGAAAAUAAAAAACGCUAAGCAAACAGUACAACAGUAAGUUAAACGCGUAGCCAAAACAAAAUAUUCAAUUCAACUUUAUUAUUAAAUGGAAGCCAAUGCAUUACUGUUACAUUACUGAUAAGAAGAAACGGUUAAUUGCACUUAUGUAAUUUUAGCCUAAAAUUCACAACUUCAUAUAUUUUCAAGCAACGCAUCGCAGCUAUAAAAGCAUCAGCUUAUGGGGCGGAUUGAGUAGUUAUUCAAAAUACGGUAACGGUAUAUUUAUUUAAAAACGCCAACAAACAUCGGCAAUACGAUCGCAACAGUGCCGCCGACUUGCAAAUAUAUAAUAGUGUUCAUGUAUACAUGUGCCUAUAUGUGAAGAAAAUUUACAAAGUCAUACUAAAUAAUUACAAUUAAAAUAUAAAUAAAUAAAUGAAAUCAAAAUGAACCGGCUUCUAAUAAUUUCUUUGGUGAUAAAUGUAUUUGGAGCGCUGUGUGAAGCCUACCUUAGCAAAUAUGAGCAGAUGCUGCAGCUCUUUCCACAGCCCACGUAUGCAGAGGCCAAAGCUUGGCCCAGCGGUAGCUUUAGAAAUUUCGCUGAUCACCAUUGCAAACGCACGUGUCGCGCAGAUCAGUCCAUGACAUGCUACUACUACUUCGUCGUGCACUACGACGAUACCUUUAAUCCGAGUUGUGAGCGUUAUCUCGAACAACAAUUUCGCUUUAGGGUUGGUGGGCGUGAGUACAUCGACACAUAUGCCGUGCGAGAUUUUGAUGGCUUCGACGAUUGCAAGUAUGCGGAUGGCGUAAAGACGGAAGUUAUGGUUGUUAACGGCCAAUUACCAGGCCAAACGAUCGAAGUAUGUCAAGGUGACACGAUCGUCGUAGAUGUUAUCAAUAGCAUGCAUGACAUCACCACUAUACACUGGCAUGGCUUGCAUCAGCGGCAAACACCGCAUAUGGAUGGUGUGCCAUAUAUUACGCAAUAUCCAAUUGAACCCGGUCAAGCGUUUCGUUAUCGCUUCGAGGUGGAUCAUAUCGGCACACAUUGGUGGCAUAGUCAUGUGGGACAUCAACGAGGUUUCGGCAUAGCCGGCGCGUUGGUGGUGAGACAACCAAAAGCGGAGGAUGUACAUGCGUCUCUAUAUGACUUUGACUCCUCGGAGCACACAAUCAUGCUACAGGAUUGGAUAUAUAAUCAAGAAGACUUAGUGCCGCAGAGUAUACUAAUUGAUGGUGUUGGACAGAAAAUACCAACAGUAAAUGGUAGCAAUCCGACAAAAACGACGCCAACGCUUUACGCAACCUAUUCUGUCGUGCGGGGCGGCAGAUAUCGCUUCCGUGUAAUCUUUAACGGUAUAGCCAAUUGCCCGAUAAGCGUGAGCAUCGACAAUCAUGAACUCGUCGUCAUUGCCAGUGACGGUAAUGACAUUGUACCCGUAAAGGUGAGCAAGAUCACAUUGAAUGGCGGCGAACGUUUCGACUUUGUCUUGCACGCCAACCAAGCAGUUGAAAACUAUUGGAUACGCGUUAAGGGUUACAACUUUUGCAAAAUUAAUCAGUUACAUCAGGAGGCAAUAUUGCACUACGAGGGUGCCAAGCGACGUACACUACCCAGAGCGAAAGUGUUCUAUGACUACGAACCUUAUGGCAAGGAACUGAAUACCGUCGAUAAACCACCCAACAAUGAUGAAAAUCUAAUUACAAUUGUCGAUUUGAAAGCAUUGGAGAAACGUUCGGUACUGGCGCCCGUUCCACAGCACACCUUUUACACCAGCAUGACCGUGCGCACCAAAAAUCAGUUGCUCUUUCAGAUGGACGAUAUCACAUUUACAAUGCCUUCACGCGUCUCUCUGCUACAGUCACGUAAUCUAGGUAUUGGCCAAUUCCUCUGCAACAAAACCCAACAAGCUGCAAUGGGUUUGGAUUGUCGCAAUCGUAAUUGCAAAUGCGCGAAUGUGAUCGAGGUGCCGGCUUUUAAGGAUGUCGAAUUCGUGAUUUCAAGCACCACCGAAACGGCGCAUCCCAUUCACUUGCAUGGCUACACAUUUCGUGUGGUGGGCAUUGGCGUACUGGGAGUUGAUCGCAUUCAAAACAUCGAAGAGAUUGAUCGUCGUACUCCAUUGCCGCGUCGGGAGCGAGGCGCACCACUUAAGGACACUGUACAGGUACCAGCCUACGGUUAUACAAUACUUCGUUUCUAUACGGAUAGCCCUGGUUAUUGGAUCCUGCAUUGUCACAUAUCGACGCACUCGGAGAUGGGUAUGGCCGCAGUGUUGCGCGUUGGUGUACACAAAGAAAUGAAGACGUGUCCGGUGAGCAACUGUGGACUUUGUAAUUCCGUGUUCUAAGGCGAAAAUCAUGAGAAUCUCCAGUAUUAUUAUUUUUUACCUGAAGGAAAGAGAUAUAUACAUACAUUUACAUCAAUAAAACUAAUAAUUAAAGAACAUUA